AUGGGCGCCUAUCUCUAUGGGCGCCUAUCUCUAUGGGUGCCUGUCUCUUUGGGCGCCUAUCUCUAUGGGCGCCUAUCUCUAGGGGUGCCUAUCUCUAGGGGCGCCUAUCUCUAUGGGCGCCUAUCUCUAUGGGCGCCUAUCUCUAUAGGCGCCUAUCUCUAUGGGCGCCUAUCUCUAUGGGUGCCUAUCUCUUUGGGCGCCUAUCUCUAUGGGCGCCUAUCUCUAGGGGCGCCUAUCUCUAGGGGCGCCUAUCUCUAUGGACGCCUAUCUCCAUGGGCGCCUAUCUCUAGGAGCGCCUAUCUCUAUGGGCGCCUAUCUUUAGCGGCGCCUGGGUGCCUAUCUCUAGGGGCGCCUAUCUCUAUGGGCGCCUAUCUCUAUGGGCGCCUAUCUCUAGGGGCGCCUAUCUCUAGGGGCGCCUAUCUCUAUGGGCGCCUAUCUCUAGGGGGGCGCCUAUCUCUAGGGGCGCCUAUCUCUAUGGGCGCCUAUCUCUAUGGGCGCAUAUCUCUAUGGGCGCCUAUCUCUACGGGCGCCUAUCUCUAUGGGCGCCUAUCUCUAGGGGCGCCUAUCUCUAGUGGCGCCUAUCUCUAUGGGCGCCUAUCUCUAGAGGCGCCUAUCUCUAUGGGCGCCUAUCUCUAUGGGCGCCUAUCUCUAUGGGCGCCUAUCUCUAUGGGUGCCUAUCUCUUUGGGCGCCUAUCUCUAUGGGCGCCUAUCUCUAGGGGCGCCUAUCUCUAG